UUCUGCAGAAUCACCCAGACUAGCGGUUCUGAUUGGUCUGAUUAUUGAUCUUCCUCCGGUUCACACGUUAACUUUAACAAACCUAACAUCACCGUCCGUCCGGUCGGCGCCAUGGUUCUGUCCUCGGCCAACAAGCCUCAGGUGUUCCGGCUUCUCUUCUCUGACCAGAACCGCACGUUCUACAGCAGCGGAGACAAGCUGUCCGGGUCGGUCCAGCUGGAGGCGGGUCCCCCCUGCAGGCUGACUGGCCUCAGGGUCACCGCCGCCGGGUGCGCUCGCGUGGAGAACCGGGGCCGCCGUCAGGAGGUGGAGUACCUGAAGUAUGAGGAGGAGGUCCGGUUGGAGGAGGUUCUGAGCACAGACUCUGACGGCUGCUUCCUGCUUCCUGCCGGGAAAUCCUUCAGCUUCCAGUUCGGCUUCGAACUUCCUGCCUCAGGGCGCCUCGUGUCAUCCUUCAAAGGGAAGUUUGGGUCUGUGCGUUAUUACGUGAGGGCGGAGCUGCAGCGACCUUCCCAGCAUGCUUUGCAGUGCGAGCGGGAGUUUGAAGUGGAAGAGCCGCUGGACGUGAACCAACCCGACCUGCUGGCUCCGGCUGCAGCCUCCAGACAGAAGAAGGUCACCUGCAUGUUCAUCCCUGACGGCCAAGUCUCCAUCACAGCUCAGAUCGACAGGAAGGGGUUCUGCGAGGGUGAAGACAUCAACAUCAACGCUAAGUUUGAGAACACCUGCUCUCGGAUGGUGGUGCCAAAGGCCGCCAUCAUUGCCAAACACUCGUACAGCAUCAACAGCCAGACCAAGGUUCUGCGGCAGAAACUGACGGCGGUCCGAGGGAACCCCAUCAUCUCCGGCAUGUGUGACAUGUGGCAGGGGAGGACCAUCCGAGUCCCCAAGCUGAGGCCCACUCUGUUAGGCUGUGACAUCAUCAAGGUGGACUACGUCCUCAUGAUCUACCUGCACAUCCCCGGCAGCGAGAAGCUGAUCCUGGAGCUGCCUCUGGUCAUCGGCACCAUCCCCUUCAGCGGCGUCGGCAGCAGGACCAGCAGCAUGAGCAGCCAGGCUUCCAGCAGCUGGGCCUCCAUCCCCUCAGCGCCCCCCAGCUACAGCAACAUCCACAGAGACCUAAGGGUGGAGGGACCCCGCGUGCCGCUGCUCCACGACUACGACGGUGCCGACGAUGACGACGAUGAAGGAGGGCUCUUCAUGAGAGCUCCACAGGGGUGCUACCCUCCUCCCCCCGCCUACAGCGAGACUGAUCAAGAUGUCGUUGACCCUCGACAGGCCGUCCCAGUCUACUGAGGACAGACAGGAGGAGGACGAUGCUGGCCCUUUAAGACCGUCAAAGAUCGCUCUCUGCUGCCAUGACUCGGCUCUUUAGGACGAUGACUCGACUUAUAAAAACGAUGACUCGGCUCUUUAGGACGAUGACUCGACUUAUAAAAACGAUGACUCGGCUCAUUAGGACGAUGAUUCGACUUAUAAAAACGAUGACUCGGCUCAUUAGGACGAUGACUCGACUUAUAAAAACAAUGACUCGGCUCAUUAGGACGAUGACUUGGCUUAUAAAAACAAUGACUCGUCUCUUUAGGACGAUGACUCGACCUAUUAAAAACGAUGACUCGGCUCUUUAGGACGAUGACUCGACUUAUAAAAACGAUGACUCAGCUCUUUAGGACAAUGACUCCGCCUAUAAAAACAAUGACUCGGCUCAUUAGGACGAUGAUUCGACUUAUAAAAAUGAUGACUCGGCUCUUUAGGACAAUGACUCGGCUCUUAAGGACGAUGACUCGGCUGUCUUAACUGUUAAUAUUUGAAAACAUGUUUGUUGUGAAAAUUGUUUUGUAAAUAUGUGUUGUGUUUUUUUUUACUACAGUAACAGGAAGUUACAGUCAUGGAUAUUUUGUAAAUAAGUGGAUUUUUUUAUUUUUGUAUUCCUUUAAUAAACUCUUUAAUGAGCUGUGAACAUAU